AUGCGUGGAGGAUACAGAAGCACAGUCGAGAGACUGGACAGGCCCAGUGCCUACUAUCAGGGCAGGAACAAGCGCAGAAGGCCGGAUCGCGGUCGAGAGGAUCGCGAUGGGGACGCAGAGAUGGCCGACAAGCCCGAGGAGAAGCCCGAGGAGGACCCUCUGGCCAAUGCGACCACCCUCUACGUUGGCAACCUCUCAUUCUACACCACCGAGGAGCAGGUCUACGACCUCUUCUCGCGGUGCGGCGAGGUCAAGCGGCUGAUCAUGGGGCUGGACCGGUUCCAGAAGACCCCCUGCGGCUUCUGCUUCGUCGAGUACUACACGCACCAGGACGCCCUGGACUGCCUCAAGUACAUCGGCGGCACCAAGCUGGACGAGCGCAUCAUCCGCACCGACCUGGAUCCGGGCUUCGAGGAGGGCCGCCAGUACGGCCGCGGCAAGUCGGGCGGCCAGGUCCGCGACGAGUACCGCGACGACUUUGACGAGGGCCGCGGCGGUCUCGGCCGUGCCAUCCAGAGCGAGCGCAUGCGCGAGGUCGACCGCCAUCGCGAGGCCGACCAGCGCAUGGAGGAUGACUACGGCAAGACGAGAUAG